UUUGGAUCUCAUACCAUUCUUCUCUCAUCUCAUCAACUUGAAGAAGCAGCAACAACUUGCUUCAUCACCUUCUUCUCCCGAAACCCACCCACCUUGUAUUAUGGAUCAUCGUCAAGUCUCAGUAUUCAUUUCCAUGUUAUUAACACUUCAUCUCUCAUUAUCAGGGGUAAUUGCAACCACAUUCACAUUGGUUAACAAAUGUGACUACACAGUAUGGCCGGGAAUUCUAUCUAACGCCGGAGUCUCCCCUCUCUCCACCACCGGCUUCGUUCUCCAACCCGGCCAGUCCACUCCAGUCACCGCCGCAGCUGGCUGGGGCGGCCGCUUCUGGGGCCGAACCCUCUGCUCCCAAGACUCCACAGGAAAAUUCUCCUGCGUCACUGGCGACUGCGGCUCAGGAAAGCUUGAGUGCUCCGGCAACGGCGCCACGCCACCGGCCACGCUGGCCGAGUUCACACUUGACGGCUCUGGCGGCCUCGAUUUUUUCGACGUCAGCCUCGUCGACGGCUACAACGUCCCCAUGCUGGUGGCACCCAGCGGCGGAUCCGACGCCGGAAACUGCACCGCCACGGGAUGCGUCGGAGAUUUGAACGGCGCGUGUCCUUCGGAGCUGAGGGUUAUGAGUGAGGAUGGAAAACAAGGAGUCGCGUGUAAAAGCGCGUGUGAAGCGUUCGGUUCGCCUCAAUAUUGCUGCAGCGGCGCGUAUGGGACGCCGGAUACUUGCAAGCCAUCGAGUUACUCGCAAAUAUUCAAAAGCGCUUGCCCACGCGCCUAUAGCUACGCGUACGAUGACAAGACCAGCACGUUUACUUGCGCCAAUGCCGAUUACACAAUUACCUUUUGCCCUGCCCCUAGUACAAGUCAGAAAGCGUCAAAUGAAGGUGGUUCUUCUGCAUCAUCCUUACUGGACAAUGGCACAAUGGUGUACCAAGGCUUCGGUCAGAGCGAGAUCUCAUGGGCCACGUGCACCCAUGUGUUCCAAUCUCGAGCAAUCGCCGCCGUUGUUGGUGUCACCAUGGCAGUUUGGCGCUUCUCCCAGCUCAUCUAACUACUACUACCGAGGCCCAUCACCUUGUAAGAUACACACAUGCUUCCAUGUUCUUUGGCCCAAAAUGAAUGGUAAGACCAGCAUGGGCCAUGUGAGCUGGCUAGGGCCCACAUUCGUUAGGCCGUGAUGACGAGGACAUGACUCAUUUGGAGAGAAAGGCGAAAGGCUCACCCUAUCGGCCUAUAUCCUACCACACUUAAUUAUUUAUUUCCCUCCAAAUCCCACUCUAG